UCUACUUUCUAUCUCACUUUCCCUCUUUAGAAACUCCAUUUUUUCAUCUUCUUAUCUCCUCUUCUCCUCUUUUUGAUUCUUAUCAGUUGAAGCAACUAGCUAGAGAGAGAGACAGAGAGGUGGCUUAAUGGGUCGUGGGAAGAUUGAGAUCAAGAGGAUUGAGAACUCAACAAACAGGCAGGUCACCUACUCAAAGAGAAGAAAUGGUAUUUUCAAAAAAGCUCAAGAACUCACUGUCCUCUGUGAUGCUAAGGUUUCUCUCAUCAUGUUCUCCAGUACUGGCAAAUUCCAUGAGUUCAUCAGCCCCAACAUAACGACAAAGAAAGUCUAUGAUCUGUACCAGAUGGCUUUGGGGAUAGAUCUGUGGAACACUCAUUAUGAGAGAAUGCAAGAGAACAUGAGGAAGCUCAAAGAGACCAACAAUAGGCUAAGGAGAGAGAUCAGGAACAGAAUGGGAGAAGAUCUGAAUGGUCUAAGCUAUCAACAACUGAGUGGUCUUGAGCAAAAUAUGGCUUCUGCAGUGGAUCGUGUGCGUGAAAGAAAGUACCAUGUACUCAAAACACAGACACAGACCUACACGAAGAAGGUAAGGAACUUAGAGCAAAUAAACGGCAACCUCCUACUUGAUUAUGAAACAAAAUAUGAGGAUCCGCAGUAUGGUUUGGUGGACAAUGAAGGAGUUUAUGAAUCAGCAAUGGCGCUGGCGAAUGGGGCUUCAAACUUGUAUGCAUUUCGGCUGCACCAUAGCCACCACCCUAAUCUUCAUCAUGGAGGAGGAGGAGGAGGAGGAGGAGGAUAUGGACCCCACGGGCUUCGUCUUGCUUGAGUUGCAUUGAAUGUCAUAUAUAUACACAUAUCCAUCGGUGUGUGUAUAUAUACACGUAACCUCAUCAAGCAUUUAAUAAAUUUUCCCAAUCUUCAAAAUAUAUGUGUGUGUGUUGUAUUUCUAAUCUAGGAGAAGUAUAUUUGGGAUAUGUUCAUAGAUUUCUGCUUAUAAAUAUGAUGUUUGCUAAAACAUGGCAUUAAUUGUCAGUAUUAUUUGAGGGAAUGGACUUAUUUAAUUAUC